UUUAUUUAUCUCAGGGAGAACGUCUUUCGAGGACAUGGUAUUACCAUGACGAUGGCUAUUAUUUAGCUACUAGGUGUUUUCAGCCGUCAAACUACCUCACUUCCAUCUUGUCGCUGUACACCUAAGCUGAAUAUGACACGUGGGUGAAGGGGAAGUUCAUAAUUCCAACCUUCAUUUCUACCUCGAAUGGAAAAGACGGGUUUUCGAAGCCUAACUCCGAGUACCCUAGAUAAAAAGGCUCAUGGGUCGUACAUACCUAAAAGAUCGCAAGCGAUGGCUAUCACUCUCCUUCUGAUGGGAUUCUGAGCGAAGGUGAAGUCCCAAAGAAAAAGCUCCUAAUGGCGGCAAAAGACCACGGUCGGUUAUCAAGCUAUCUCUCUUCAGAAGAGGAUUCUAGAGAGCGAGCGGCCGAGGAUCUGUCCGUCAAGAAUGGAAAACAGUCAUCUGAGUUUGUCUCAGGCCAGGCGAGUCCGGGACAGUAUCAGAAUUAUGGGGACCCAGACACCAGGUCCAAUUCCGACGAUGACGUGCCCAUGUACAGGACUGGAGCUUCGGACAGACUAGAAUAUAUACCGGCCAGGAAACAACGAGAGUUCAUUCCCGAAAACAAGAAAGACAUACAGUAUUGGGAAAAACGACGAAAAAAUAACGAGGCUGCCAGACGCUCCCGGGAAAAACGUCGCAUGCACGACCUCACGCUGGAAAACCGCAUAAUUGAUUUGACGAAAGAAAACUAUCAGCUGAAAACCGAGCUAAUCACAAUCAAGAGAAAGUACGGCUUACCUCUGGACGAACCCGUCACCCCAGGGCCCAAUGACUCCAUGAUUCGACACGAAGCAGCGCCCAUUGUUCACCAGUCCACCACCAGCAAUCAUUCCCAUUCCAUACCUAUGGCGAAGCAAGUUCCUGCUACCCUAGGAAGCACACAUAGAGACCCCGCUACUCCGCAAAAGUUAUACACCAUGGGCAGAGGCGUUCCUAUGAGCCUACCAAUUCCACCUAUGGUCCAGUCAGGGACAAAGCCCGUGGGAAUGCCAGUUUUCAUGUCACCUUUAACUACCUCGUCAUCGCAGUUCUACACCCCAAGCAUUACAGCACAUUCUCACUUACCCAAGUCGACCGCCUCCACGACGCCACCAUCGGCAGCAGUAGUUGGGGCCUCCUUGGUCUCUGAGCAGAAAGUUUUCAAAGAUGAAACUAUUGACAGUUCUACCUCGCGUACCGACAUAGGUACUACCCAGGCAUCUACAAACAAUCCAUCAGCGCUCCACUCAUCCACAGAAGAAGACAGACUUCGCGAACAGGUGAAUCUGAGUCAAGUUCCACCUCUUACGAGGAUUUCUUCCCACUACGACGAAAGCAGUAACGACAGCGGCGACAGCACUGAACGUGAAGAUUCUCGCCCCUUGGAAUUGACGCUAAAAAGGGACAUUGACUCGUCUACCUCAUCCGAUGCUUUAGCACGGAACUUGGAGUAUCCUCCUCCGGAAGGCCCUAUCCCCAAAUCUCCUUAUUCUAUGGCCUUACCUCACAAACUUCGUCACAAAAUUUCGUCUCAGGAGUCAGCUACUCGGUCAUCGACCGGGUUGCAGUAUUUUGGUCAUUACACCAAUGGACUGGCUCAGUUAUCAGAAAUCGCUCUAGCCCAUGCCAGCCCUCUUUCGCUGGUGAAGCCCAGCAUGGACAGCUCCCUGGAUACGUCCUACUAUGACCGCAGGAUGGAAACGGACCCCGGAAGUGAUCCUUCCGAUUCCGUGGAUCCGAAACAUCUGGAUCCCAAGUACCUCGAACGUAGGCGGCGAAACAACGAGGCAGCCCGUAAAUGCCGGGAGAACCGCAAGGCAUUAACUCGUCUCCGAGAAGCUAAGUCAACUAUUCUGGAAACGGAAAACGGGAAGCUCAGAAAUGAACUUACGAUCCUUCAGGAGGAGAUGAAACAGUUAAAAGAGCUGGUCGAAAAACGAAGAAUGGAACAACAAAAGAAAGAGAAGAAGGACGAGAAAUAAUCCCCAACCUCAAGAGACUGGUAACACAUACAAGUAUCUACCUCUGACAUUUGCGAAUAUUUGGUGUUUUUAUGUAUAUUACUAUUGCUAUGGUUUUACCGAUCUCAGACCUCACAAACCAUUUAAGUAUGGCACGGUUUCACUUCGUAUACAUUACAGAAGUCAGGGAGCGACACAUCUAAGACUGUUUCACACACACAAAAAAACUUACGUGGCAUUUGCGGGUUUCCUCUUCGGGUUUUAUAUAUAUUACAGUUGUGCUCUGAGAUAGCGUCUUGUGGAUGUCUUACAGGGACAAUUCACAUUGGUGACUUCGUGUUAUUUGUGCUCAAUUUGACGCUGCAUCAUCGACGCUUCAAGGGGUUGUCAAACCUUGACUUUGGUUUCUACCAGCGGCUGAAUUCUGGUGCCUCUUUUCAGGGAUAUUAUGUAUAUAGUAAUUGCAAGUUAUCUGAUGUUUGCUGGGACACUAUAUACUUAUAGUUCUAUAUAUAUAAAUAUAAAUAUAUAUAUAUAUAUCUACAUAUUGUAUAUUACCUCCAGUCUGGUGUUCCUCUACGAUAUAAUAUUAUUGCCGGAGCUAUUGUUUAAAACCUUUGUUAUGUUUUUUUUUCUUUCGAUCCAUGUGGAAUUUUAUAGAAAUCAGGUAAAGGGCAGUUCAGGUUUGUAGAUAAUCGUUCAGUUAUUGAGAGAUUGGAGAAGUCAAUUUUAAGUUCGAUACUUAGUGGAUGUAAUUGAAGAAGAAAGGUGAAGUGAGAGGUAUUGGUUUGUGAGGUUACAACUCUUUAUGUAGUGGGCACAGAUCGCUAUGUAGUUGUUCUUAGGUGUUAUUCUUUUCAUGUGUUUACCCGUCUAUCUCCCUGAGCACCCAUACAGUGUAUUCGCAGUUCGUCGUUUCUGCAAAAGAUAAAUAUUUGGUGGUAUGUAGCAUUUCGUUUGUAAGCAACUGAGGCCUUCUAGUAUCCUUCGAAAAUGAUACUGAUGUCAAGUGAAUUCUGUUCCACGGAGUGCUUUCUGUAAAGCGGGUAGCUUUAUUAUGUACUUCAAUUUGAAGGCGUGCUUCUUCCUUACGGUUAACAUUGAAAAGUAUAUGAACGUUUACUGGCGUCAAUGGUAGCAGUUGACCUGAUAUGCCUAAAUUCGUAUUUGUUUUGUUCAUGUCUAGUUUCUUAUCGCGAUGAUAUCUGUCUGUAUCUGUCUAGUAGAGACAGAGGCUAAGCAAGGUGUAGCGCCUGUAUUUUGUGGUGAGUAGGCCAAUAGUUUAGGACUGGUGGAGUCAUAGGUUUUGCAAUGCAGCUCUGCACAGAGUGUUAUUCGUGCCUCCGACUGUGCUGUUGUCUGCUAAUCAACGGCAGUGUGAUUUGUGACCUGAUGCAAGACGUUUUCAAUCGGUUUUUUGUUAGGUUUUUGGAGACACUUUGUCUCCAUAUAUGCCUUAUUGUAUUCUUUGUUCUUUGCCGAAGUUGUCGGUUUGUAAAAGAUGAUUGUUAGGUUACGUUGAUCAUGCAUGGAUUGUGGCAUCCGCCAUUGUGAGUGGUUAACAAGGAGCCAGUUCUGAUGACGCUGGUAAUGUGGAUAGCAAUGGAGUAGAUAGCUGUGUACGAGUGUUGACCACAUCUGUUGUGUCUGCAGAAGGUGCCAGCAUUGGAACGGUACGAUGGUUUUUAAGUGUGGAAUCAAGUACAUGUUAUUAUGCAUGUCUUAAAUGAUGUAGUAUUUUGAUUGUGCCAUGUUUACAUACAAACAGUGCUGCUAUAUUCUUUUCUCUUAUUGUUUUAAAAUUUGUUUUGCUUUUUAUACAGACUUUUAUGCUGAUGUAUUCUGUAUUUUUUUAGCUUGUUAAUUUUUAAUGUUCAGGAGUUACCCGAAGAAUAACCUACAAGAUUCGUUACUUCUAUGAUUGUGCAUCUAGAGUGCUAUGAUUUUUUUUCCUUUAUUCCCAAAUUUAGUGCUAUUCAUUUGAGCCAGGUAGAUUAUUUUGCAUUUGUUCUGAUGUGCCAUAAACUCGCUGUUGGGUUAAAAGCAUUGAGUAGUGUAAGUAGACGCUGGUUGGCUGAAUCUUUUGUAGGUGAUUAAAGAUUUAUGGUAUUGCGUCUGCGCGUUUUUCCUCGAUGUUGAGUCGUCUCAUGUUGUUUAGUGUAGUUGUCUGUGUUAGUAGUGAUUGUGUAACGACCUGUUUAUUAGUCCAAGAAAGUUUUGCAAUGUCAGUGGGUAUUAGGUAUUAUUAUGGAAUAAGUUAUCUUUGGCCUUUCUUCGCGUGCGAUGGUAUCUGUGAGUGGACAUGCCGGAAUUCAAAAUCCCCUCCCCCCCCCAACCUCCCCCGAAAAGAAAACAACCCACAAAGACACACACACACAAAAAAGAAAAUAUCUGUGUAAAUUUUGCAUCGAAUCUCGAAGAACAAACUUUUCCUGCGACUUUCCAGCGAAACCUAUUUUCUGCUACACUUUUGUGCUGUUAUUUACAACAAUGAGGCCAGUAUAAAAAUAGCACAUUUGGAAUCCCGACUUAAUAUAAUUAUAUAAUCAACUUAGCUCUGAAAACCGGGUAUGGUAUGUCAAUAGAUUUACGCGCACAUGACAGUAAACUGUGCAUUUCAUGCAGUUAUGUACAUGUGCUAUUUUAUGUCAAUCUUAAAAAAAAAGACCCAAGAAAGCAUCAUUUUAAAGAAUUUAUUAAACACGGCCAGUUUUACCCAAGACUGUAUUAAAUAUUUCCGUAACAAGUUAAUGUUAACUUAGUUUACCUCAUGGACUUCACUUGAGAGUAAUAACCUCAUAUUUAAACGCUCGAUUUUAGUGAUUGUCCCAGACACCUCAUGGUUUAUUGGUACAUUUUUUAAGAAUUGUUCUGUAAGGGAUUCCCAUAGACAUAUUGGAAAGACGGGUGAAGCUUGCGUGGGACCCCAGAUUGGCUUUAACUGUAAUCCGAUUCACCUCAUAAUCACGGUGGUACACACCGGUACUCAGGCGACGUAACCCCAUAAUACUGCGGUUACCAUCUUUCACGUCAUAACUACUUUCCCACAUGUGGUAUAUAGUCAAAUUUAUGCUAUCCGGCCUGUAUUUAUCAUGCAAUUUAAGACGUUAAUCAUGAAUUGCAUUUGCUUGGAAAGCCAAACGCAGGAUAGGAAAGAACCCAAAUUGUGGUUAUAGUACAUUGUUCUGCAGUUAAGAAUCAGUGAAAAACAAAACAUUGUAAUUGUACCUGUGUUUGAAUUUUUGACUUAAGCUUGAUAAGUAUGGGCUCUGUACUUUGUUCAGCCGCUGACCAUCGUGUAUGCCAUGUCAACAGGCUAACGUCUGUAUGAACUGGAGGAGCCAACAUGAUAGUGUAACGGCUCAUAUUCAGGCUCGAAUGAGUUACUCUCAUAACUGUAGCGUGAUUGCAUGCAUUGUGUAACGGACGGAGAUUUUCGUAACCAUUGUGCCCCCCACCUUCCUGCUAGGUUAAUUCUGAUGAACAUCGGAUUAGGAGUGACUGUCAUCCUGUGACAGACAGUGUCUCAGUAUAUUUCAUACCCUGUGUCUAUUUGGAAACAAUGGUGAUAUGAAAAAAAAAUCAUUCGAAUUUGAAAGAGGCAACAGUCGACAGGCAAUGCACAAAUAAAACAACUCCAUGCUAUCUACAGAUUCAUUGUUUUCAUUGUCAUUGAAUUUCAUCAAACGUGUUUUAUUUAUUUAUAUUUACAAGAUGUGAAAAGUUAUUUUAAUGACGUAUGUCUUACAGUGCUUACAACUCUCCCCAGUUGGAGUAUAUUCAGGCAGACCUUUGAUUCAUGGACUGCGUUGCUUUUGAAAAUGUUAAAAUAUAGAAUCCCGUUCUUUAUUCGAUGUGUACAGAAUUAUUACAGAAUAAAAUUCAGUUUUUGGACUCUUAAAGAGUUUAUAAUUGGGACAAUUGAACAUAUACGUAUAACUUCCUUGUAUUCUUUGAUUCUCUAAUAUUUACAGGUUUUGUGUCUGUGUCUAAAAACUUGGUUGUUACCAAGCAUCCCGUAGUUAAUCUUGUCUACUAUUGUGUUUUUCAAUUUAAAUGUGUAUUAUCUCUAAACUAUGUUUAGCGGCAUUCCUGUAAAAGAGGCAGUUUGCAGAAUACUGAUCUUCAAGGCAUUGAAUGCACUGAACCGCGUGUGCAUUUUGCCAACUGUGUGCAUGUAUUUAUUCGAUUUGCCAUCGAUUUGAAAAUGUCUUAACCACCUUAAGUUGGUUUCAUGUGAGAAAAUGUUCUGCUUUUGAUUUCAGAGGCUUCAGCCAAGACCUAUUGGUAUAGAUCCCUUUUGUUACAUUGAGAUUUUAUUUCUGUAGAAGACUCAAAUUAAAUACCGGAAACACCAAUCUUAGUGUCUUUAAAACUGGUGAGUUUUUUUCCCGGAUAACUAGCUGGCUCACAGUGAGCAACAUUUUCAUAUUUUGUCUGUCAGUAGCGAUCCGUGUAAAGAAGCCAUUGCUUUAAAUUCGUUUCUAGUGGAUAGCUGCACUUUGAAAUAAUGAUUCCUCACGCUUUGUUUCCUUAGCUAAUGCUCGCCUUGGAAAGCUCCUUUAUCCGUCUUUCCAUACGUGCUUUAAUCCGCAUGAAACUGGCAUUAGACCUAAGAAGUAUUUCUUCGAUGAUUUCCCCACUGAAUCAAGGUUCUUUAUAAAAAGAAAAUCAAUGGUUUCAAAGUGUUGUUGGCCACUUAUCAGGGACAAAUUUUUGGAAACAUUUCCCGUCGUUGUCGUUUACCUUCCACGGUUGUAAUAUUGUACCUACAUGAUAUGUGAGUCGACAUUAUUACGAAGGCAAAUGGCCGUGCUUUCUUCAGAUGCGUUCAUUUUGUACAAUUCUUUACGGACAGUGCGAUUUCCAUAGUUGCAUACGACGCACGGAAUGCUUAGUGUUUUGUGUAUAAAAAAAACGUGUGUUAUUGUAGUAUGUAAAUACGACAAUGUAUAUACCGGCCGCGCGUAUGGCAUCGAGUGAAGUCAAUCAUCUAGCGUUAUCCUGUUUGCCGUUUUCUUUUUUGUUCAUUAUCUACUGGUUUCAGCUCAGGAUUUGGGUAGUCACUUUGACUAUAUUUUGGAUACCUGGUAUAAUAAAACUACCUCUGUAACAGUUUAA